AUGUCUGCAACACGGUUUCUACGAAAGCUAUCGCUGCGCAACAGCAGCCCCCAACGAGCCGCGUACCUCGCGGCGCUGGGUCUCGUCGGUAUCCAGGUCGGCAUCGGCGUUAUCAUGAAGACUGCGCAGAGCGGUGGUUCUUAUGCCUUCUCACCAUCGGGAUCCAUCACCAUCUCCGAGUUUCUCAAGUUAAUCCUGUCUUCGAUAUUCUUUUACCGCGAGUGUAAAGCUAGAGCGCAGACGGGCGUUGGGCCUUCUACACGAGGCUCGGAUACGGCGUAUGCGUCGCUUGCGGAUGACCAUCGGGACUUGGAGAUUCAAGAUAAAGACGAGGAUUCGUCGUCGCUGACGGCGUUGGACUCGGAGGAUGAGGGCUCAAGGGAUUCUGGGCCGUCUUCACCACCGCUGCCUUUUGGUCUGCGAACAUUCUGGAGUUACAUUCGUGGUGAGGUGAGGGACGAUGUGCGAUUUGGCUUCUACAACUUGGCGCUCAUUUACAUUCUCAUCAAUAAUUCACUCUUUUUGAGCUACAAAAUGGCAGACCCAGGAACGAUCCAACUCACGAAAAGCGGUGUCACGCUCAUCACAGCCUUGGUCAUGAUUGCAACGCUCAAUCAACAGGUGUCCAAGACUCAAUGGAUGGCAAUCACUAUGCAGCUCAGCGGUCUCAUCGUCACGCAAUACCAGCCUGGCAAAGGCGCCCUCUAUCCGCUCGACACAUACGCCCUCCUCCUCUUCCAGGUCUUCCUCAGCGCUUCAUCGGGUGUAUACAACCAGGUUCUCCUCAAAGCCGACGAUAGCAGUCUACAUGCCAACAAUAUGAUCUUGUACGCCUCAGGCACAAUUGUCAACUUGGUCUGCCAUAUCACCAUCAAGUGCGUAAGCUCCAACGAGCCGGGAUUCUUCGAGGGAUACGGGAGUAUUCAUGCCAUCCUUGUCAUUAUGAGCAAUGUCUUUAUUGGUCUCGCAAUUACUGCCGUGUAUAAGUAUGCCGACGCCCUAGUCAAAUGUUUCGCGACCGCAUUCUCUACCGGAAUAUUGCUCUACCUAGCACCUCUCAUCUCAGAUACAUCCCUCAGCUUUCUCGUUGUUCCAGGGACACUUAUCAUCUUUAUCGCUACCUGGCUCUACAUGGAGAACCCCGCUCCAAAGCCCACCACCACCAAGUCUGACACCGAUCCCAAGACCGGCUUCUUCGCCAAACUGGGCGCCAUUGUUCAAAACAAAAGAGUGCUAUUCAUCUUUAUCAACACCCUCAUCACGGUCAUGGCUGUCAUGGCCUUGGCUAUGUACCAGGUGGCCAUGCCGACCAAGUCCAUAUCGACCGUGUCGACUGAUGGGAGCACGCAAGUGGUGGCAACAACCGAAGAAGCCGACGCUCCAAAGAUUGUCACAUCGCCUUUCAAAAAUACCAUGGCCUUCAUCAGAUGGAACUCGGUCCACCCUGAGCGCAUCCCUACCUUGAUGAAGUACAAACCCUUCUUCCGCGACAUUCACAUUUCAAUGCCCGAUAUGAUGAAAGAUGAAGGACGCAGCCCAGAAUUUCACAACAUAACUCAUGACCAGAGUACUCUCACCUUCCACAUCUACCAGCAGGUCGCCGAUACAAUGCAACUGAUUCUCGACGAGGAGCCUGAGAUCGAUGGCAUGCUCUACUAUCACUUCGACGCAUGGAUUGACCCUCUGGCCUGGAGUAACAUUGACCGCAACAAGAUAUACUUCCCCAUGACCUGGCCCGAGAUGAAACCUGUAGGACCCCAGUUCUCGUGCAUGAACGACACCAAGGGCUAUGACUGGGGUGGAUGGGGCGGACCGCACUACCAUCUCAAAGCCCAGCUCGCAAGCGCUCAGUUGGACCACUUGGACCUGGGCUUCAAAAUCGACAUAAACGAGUUCUGUGUCGGCUGGAGCGACAUCUAUUUCAUCCCUCGUAAGUUCUUCAAGGACUACAUCAUCGCAGCACCCAUCUUCAAGUCCUUUGACGUCUUCCACGAGGUCGGUAUCCCGACAAUGCUGCACAUCAUCGAGCAAAGCCAUCGCGAGUCGCCCUACGUGCCCGCAAUGGAGCUGUUUUCAGACUGCUGGGGCUAUUGCUGCAAGGAUAACCCUACCAUCUACGACGUCACGACGUAUCGGUGCGGGCACCGUCUUGACUACCGCAACGAACAGGUGACGGGGGCUUUUUACGAGAAGCUCGACGCGGAGGCCAAGUUUCUGGGGCAGCCUAUGAAUGGGUCCCAUGUGGCGAACCUUACAGAGAUGUUUCCGCCAAUAAAAGAGGAUGAUAAAGCGAAAUUGCCAGCCGCAAGGAGGAAAAGGUGGCUAGCCAAUAGAUAGUUAGAUGAGACUAUACUGCCAAAUGCGCAACAGCC